GCGCACCGCCCGCUGAUCAGUAUUUUUUUUGGUCGACUGUUUCACUUCAGCCGUAGGGAUCGUCGGCUGUCUCUUCGGUAUAUUGCGCCCUUUAAAACAUUUACGCUUUAAUUUGUUCGCCAAAGUGCUCACCUCAAAAUUAGCGAGGUUGGGCGUGCUCCUUUUCGGCGUCCGAUCUGAACUGGAAGCGAAAUGGUGCUCGCGGACCGUCACGACGACUCCAGGAUCGGGCGGCGAUCCCGCACCGCGAGCCCAAACGGGCAUUUGACCGACGACGGAAGCGCUACCGAUGAUUCAGAGCACGACCACGGGAUGCGCGUUGGAAAUGACUACCAGGCCUCUGUCCCCGACAUCAUUUCUGCCACGGAGCCAUGCCCAGAGUUCACACCGGAGAGGGCCCUCCUGGUGUGGUCACCAUGUUCAGACAUCUCAGACAUGAAGUUGGAUGAGUACAUCACUCUUGCCAAGGAGAAGUAUGGCUACAAUGCUGAACAGGCAUUGGGCAUGCUGUUCUGGCACAAGUACGAUCUUGAGAAGGCGGUGGCAGACCUGGCCAACUUUACUCCGUUUCCGGACGAGUGGACAGUGGAGGACAAGGUGCUCUUCGAGCAGGCCUUCCAGUUCCACGGCAAGAACUUCCACAAGAUCCGACAGAUGCUGCCGGACAAGACCAUUCCGAGUCUGGUGAAGUACUACUACUCCUGGAAGAAGACUCGGACGCGCACUAGCCUCAUGGAUCGGCAGGCUCGCAAGCUUGCCGGAGCCAGGGAGGAGGGCAGCGACGGUGGCUCCGAGGCCGGCUCUGAAAACGAGAGUGACAUGGAAGUGGACAACGCCGAAAACAAGGAAGAGAGCAUGGGCAAGGGGCCCUGCUCCAACUGCAAUGCUCCGUCCAGCCAGGUGUACUCCUCCAGCAAGGGUAACCUCUGCAGCAGCUGCUACCAGUACUGGAAGCGCACGGGGUUGUCCAAGGGGGGCCCCCUGGGGGGCGUGGGCGGGGGCCUGCUGCGGGGCAAGCACGAAGCCCCCUCGCGCCACCUGGCCAGGGGCAACAAGCGGCGUCCUCCCCGGGGCAUGUGCCUGCAGUACGAGGACCUGGUGGCCAUGGCCACGGGGCCCUCUGGCCAGGGGGACGCCAUCCUCAGGGCCAUGGACUCGGAGCUGGUCGCCCUCAAGAGACAGGUGCAGAAUAACAAGCAGAUGAUCAGCCAGCUGAGACACAAGACUUCCAUGGGAAUCGAAAACCUGCGGCCUGCCGAGGGCAAUGGACGGGUGAAUGCCAGAUGGACCAACGACGAACUGCUCAUCGCUGUUCAAGGGAUCCGCAAGUAUGGGCGCGACUUCAAGGCGAUAGCGGAGGUGAUCGGCAACAAGACGGAGGCCCACGUGCGCAGCUUCUUCGUCAACUACCGCCGCCGCUACAACCUGGAUGCGGUGCUGCAGGAGUUUGAGGCCGAGCACGGCAUCACCAGCACAGACGACAAGCCGUCGUCCCUGGGAGCGGACGCGGAGUCUGCGGCCGCCAAGGAGGCAGGGGUCGGCGACGGCAGCCGUCCGGGGUCCCCCCUGGCGUCUUCGCUGCACGGCAGCAACGGGACCCCCGCGGCCAAUGGGGCGGCGGGCAACCCCCCGCCCCUGCUGAGACCGCCCCCCGGGUCCCCCUCUCAGCAUGCCAAGGCCAGCCCCGCCCCCCUCCAGCAGGGACCCAGGUCAGGCAGUUGGUCCAUCCUGCAGCAGCCCCCUCCCCUGAUCAGACCAAGCCCAAACAUGGCCGCCGGCGCGGUUCACAAGUCCCAGCAGCUUCACAACAACGCCCUGUGAACGAGGGCGAUGGGAGGACGUCCCACCCAAGACGCGCGUCGACUCUUUUGCACCACGUAGCUAGUGCUUCGAUUGCAUGCGGACAGACACCAUCUCGACGGCUCUUCGUCCUUGCGGCUGCGUGGUUACUGCGCAAAGUGGCAACGACUGUGCCGUUUCCCGGAGCGGCGUGCCGAUGCUGGCGUGCCUGCUUCGGAUAUUGGGUGCAUCAAGAUGGCCGACGCCGGCGUGGGGACAGCUCGGAAAGCAUGCCUGUCGUUUUGAAGACUCUGCCUGCCAUUCUCAUAACUUCUGCUGACUAAGCAUGAAUUUAUUCAUCGUUUUACUUUUACUUUUUUUUUUUUUAUGGUGCAUUUUUCGAGUGAGUGGAUUCAAUCGUUUUUUUUUUUCUUUUCUUUUUUUUGUUGCAUUGGCACGGUGGUGCAGAUUCUUCGUGCUGGAUCAUCGCUUUUUGGGGGAGUGGGUGACCCAAAAUGGCUGCCUACAAUGAAGUGACGACUGGGAGGGAGGGGUGCACGUGGUGUCCUGAGUGGACACCCUCUUCUAACGCCUGGAUCCGUUCGGUUUUUACACCAACGGCGUUCUGAAGCAAGACACUGGUACAAAUGUCAUACUACUCUAAACCAACUCCUUUUUUUUUGUGAAGUUUGGUUUAUUUGAAGUGACUGCUGCAACAGUGACUGCCGCAACAGUGACAGCCACUAGAGCCUCUAUUCUUCUCCGGGGACGUUGCCAUCAUGCGGUGAACGAGGUUGGUGGUGUCGCGUCGCGUUUUUAAAGUGGUGCUCGCGCUCGUUUUCGGUGGUGCGUCGUAUCCGGGCGGCCAGGCGCAACCGGUUUCUCCAGAGUGGCACACGACGGCCACGCUUUUAACUGCAGAACGCCCACCGACAGUUCUCCCCGGUCGUCCGGUCGUGGCGGCAUGCCGCGUGGACUCUUGUCGAGGCGUUCCGUUCCAGAGAACGGAUCUUGGCAGCACGACCUCAGGGGCCUUGAGCCGCUGCUACCUUUUGCCCUAGCGCCGCAGAUAAUCUCCCUCCGCUUUCCGCGGGACGAAACGAAUCAAUUGCUCAAGCAGACUGCGGGCGACACCUCGCCAACGACCCGUGAGGCGGCGUCGCCUGAAGACGGGGGAGCGUAGUAACACCACUAGCAUUUUUUCAAAGUAUCAUAGUCGGUUUCUGCCUAUAUUUUUUCGAUCGUCGACGACCCAUGUAGCUUAUGCACAGUUAGCCCUUGUCAUCCGCCACCACUCCGACAUAUACAUAUAUAUAUAUAGUAUAUAAUGUAAUCGCAAAGCGUGGUUUUUUGCUCUUUGCAGGGCACGUCUUUUGUGUUGGCAAGUUUGAUUUGUUUUGGGUCUGUAGCCUUCGUGGAGCGCCGUGUCGACGUGGUUCGGAAAGCCUCGCGAUGGGACUUUGUACAGUUGCAUGCGGUCUCGUUAUUGCCUCGUCGAUUGGCAUUCAAUAAAAGUGAAAUGUCGAAGGUCA